CAACAACAACAACAACAACAUCAGGAAUUGCAAACUGUUCACUCAGAUACAGAGCACCUUUAUUAUAUGUCGAGACAACAUGAUCCGACGUUAACAAAUUCAGCUCUAGCAAAAACUUGUAAUAAUAUAUCUGUGAUUGAGCAACAAAAACAACAACAAACAAUCAACUCAUCCGAAAUUGAAAUUGAAGCUUUGAUACAAGAGGGCAUCAAUUUUCACGAAAAAGGUCAGCUAGAAAAGGCAACACAGUUAUUUCGAAUCGGUGCCGAGAAAGGGAAUCCCAUUGGCAUGUUUUUAUACGGUGUCUCCCUUCGGCAUGGUUGGGGUUGUAAAAAGAAUGAGCAUGUCGCGUUCCAGUAUCUACAAAAAGCUGCUGAACAUGCUGUGGAAGACUUAGCUAAUAUUACGAAUGCCGUUAAUACAUCAGCGUCUAAAGGCGAGCUCAUUAUGGCAAUCUAUGAAUUAGGUGUUUCUUUCAGACACGGGUGGGGAUGUAAGAAAAACAAAGAAUCAGCAGUUCAAUUUUUUAAAAUCGCAGCUGAUUUAGGUGACCCUGACGCGCAAAACGACUUAGCUCAUUGCUAUUAUCAUGGUCAAGGCGUCAAAAAAGAUUUAUAUCUGGCAGCCAAAUAUUAUCGUAAAGCUGACAAACAAGGACAGGGAAUUAUGGGGAAUUCGUGGAUAUGGAAAACAAAAUAUGAUAAGCCGAAAUCACAACAAAAGAAUUAAAUAUCUAUUCUGAUUCACUAUUUUCGUAAAUUUAUUCUAAAAAGGCUCAUACAGUUUAAAACUUAUGAAAGGAACUGCUUUGUCAUCAAUGUUGGUAUAAGAAGAUACAUUCGAUACAUGCUCUUUGAGCCGCUCAAAUAACAGCAAAAAACCCUACUCUCACUUACAUUUUUCUAAGCCUAGCUAAUAUACCAAUAUAUAUAUUUUUCUAAAUUACUGGCUUAACAAGGAAUCGACCAACUGCAAAACUUCGCAGUGUUUUUUGGGACCUUUAUGUACCUUAUGACUUUGAUUACUUUCC